AUGCUAGCUACCAGGACAGGUACAACCUCAGCUGACGCGUCUCUCUCCUUCACACUGGACUCAGGAGCGUCGCACUGCUUCUUCCGCGACCGCACGACUCUCUCUCCACUACCGGCGCCUGUCCCUAUAGCACUGGCUGAUCCCUCUUCGGGACCGGUCAUUGCGACUCACGCCACUACACUCCCGUGCCCAGCUGCUCCUUCCGGUUCCCUGACUAGCCUCCACAUUCCUUCGUUCUCUAGGAACCUGGUUGGUGUGGGCCCCCUGGCGAGACAGCACGUCGGGGUCUGGGUUGAGCCUUCUGGUGACACUUCGGUCUCUGUGGACGGUGACACGUACGCCCCCUUGGCCACUUUUCGCCAGGAGCCGGGCUCCGGUCUGUACACCCUCCACACCGACCCCCGUCAGGUUCCUCCGUCCCACCAGGUAGCCAGGUCCAGUCAGGUUGCUGUGUCCGGUCUAGUUGCUGCGUCGUGCUCGUGUCGGUCGCUUGCCCACCCCUCCCUCCUCUGGCACCACCGCCUUGGUCACCCGUUCCUCCCUCGUCUCCACGCCAUGUCCAGUCAGCGUCUUGUCUUAGGCCUCCCCCGAGUCCUCCCGCCACUCCCGCCGUCCCCAGCUCCUCCGUGCGGUCCUUGUGUCCAGGGUCGGCUGCACGCCACCCCUCACUCCUCCUCCCUUCGUCCGGCCACCGAGCCCUUCCAGACACUCCACUUAGACGUCUGGGGCCCCGCUCCCCGCCUUGGCCCUGAGCGGGAGAGUUUCUUUCUGGUGGUCGUUGACGAUUACUCUCGGUACACCACCGUGUUCCCUUUGGCGAAGAAGUCCGACGUGACUUCUACGCUGAUCCGGUGGCUGCUCGCCACCGAGGGUACUCGAGGUCGUCGUGUCAGUUGUCUCCACUCCGACCGUGGGGGUGAGUUUCGCUCCGGCAUUCUCGCCAGAUUCUGUGCUGAGCAGGGCAUCACCCAGUCCUGGACUCUUCCAGACUCUCCACAGCAGAAUGGGGUUGCUGAGCGCCGCUUAGGCCUGCUCAUGGACAUCGCGCGCACCUCCAUGAUCCACGCCCGCGCGCCCCAUUUUCUGUGGCCCUACGCGGCUCGGUACGCCGCUCACCAGCUGAACCUCUGGCCUCGUGUCUCUCGGCCAGGGGCUUCACCGACCAGUCUUUGGACAGGGUCCCCUGGUGUUGCGUCGAGGUUUAGUGUCUGGGGUCGUCGCUUGGCUCUUGUCCGCGACACCUCUACGGACAAGUUCUCCCCUCGCGCCGUCCCCUGUGUCUUCCUUGGUUUCCCAGAGGACUCCUCUGACUUCACCUUUUACCACCCUCCCUCCCACCGGUUCUUUGACUCUCGUGACGUCCGUUUCGACGAGUCCGUCCCCUACUACGUCCGGUACCCCUGUCGAGGUCUCCCGGUUCCCCCCCCUCCCCUCUUCCUGGCUCCAACUCCUCCUCCUCCCACCCCUGCUCCUCCGGUACCCCCCUUUGUUCCCGCUCCGUCUGGUGUGUCCCACGCUACUCCCCCCCCCUCGGUACCCCCCCAGGUCUCUCCUCCUUCCCCACAGUCGUCCUCACAGCCUCCGCAGCAGCCGUCAGCGCUUCCUUUACCGGCCACUGCGGACUCUGAGGGUGUUGGUGCUCGAGGUGAGGGCUCUGGCGGUGCUCGCUUUGGAGGUGCUGGCGUUGGAGCUGUUCGUGCACCUACAGGAGCCGCCCGUUCUGGGGGUGUUGGCGUUGGCGCUGAGUGUGCACCUGCCGCAGCUACCCAUUCCGAGGGUACUGGAGCUGGUGGUGGUGCUGGAGCUGGUGGUGUUUCUGGAGCUGGAGAGUCUGGGGCUGGUGCUGGUGCCACUGGAGGCACCACGACUGGGGGUGCGGGUACACCUCCUACAGGUGCUGGUCGUGCUGCCGCGGAUGGUACUCGCUCUGGGGGUGCUCAGCCGGGUACUGUCGAGGACGGAGCCGGUUCUUCUGCUGCGUCUCCUGACACCACUCCUCCUCCUCACCCCUACCCGACUCGUUACCAGGCCCUUCUUCGUCUAGAGCCAGCUGGAGGAGCAGCAGCAGCAGCAGCCGUCGCCGCAGCGGCAGCAGCAGCAGCAGCAGCAGCAGCAGCAGCAGCAGCAGCAGCAGCAGCAGCAGCAGCAGCAGCAGCAGCAGCAGCAGCAGCAGCAGCAGCAGCAGCAGCAGCAGCAGCAGCAGCAGCAGCAGCAGCAGCAGCAGCAGCAGAAGCAGCAGCAGCAGCAGCAGCAGCAGCAGCAGCAGCCGCAGCAGCCGGAGCAGCCAAGCAGCCUCCGGCCCCUUCUCCUCCGUCUCCCUCUCCUCUCGCCCACACUUGGACCUCUCGUCCUCCUCGUGCUCGUCCUUCGUCACCUGUCACUGACCUCCGUACCGUGUUGUUUCGUCCUAGUCCUCCUCGUCCUCCUCCGUCUGUUCUUCCUCGUCCUCCUGAGUCGUCCCUCACUGCCUCCCUGUCCACUCCGGUCACUGACUACUACCGCACGUACCGCCCCACUCUCUCUCGUGUUCUCGCCUCUCUUAUUACGGACCCUCAUGGCUCUCCUUCCUCCGUCGCGGUCCUCACUGCCGCUGUCACUGACUUUACUGCUACGCGUCGCCUUGACUACGCCACUCGUGUUGUGGCCGCUCCUCCUGUCCGUCCUCUGUCCGCCGGGGGUGAGUUUGCCUUUGGCUGUGACGUCCUAGAGGACAGACAGUUUGAGCUAGAGUUCCUGGCAGCUGCUUCACCUCAUCUCUGUGCCAUGCUCCUCGCUCCUGAGGGAGACCCCGACGCUCCUGACAUACCUACUCCUCGCACUUACGUAGAGGCAGUGUCAGGACCUUGGGCCUCUCAGUGGAGAGCUGCCAUGGACGCAGAGAUGGCCUCCUACAGGUCCACAGGCACUUACGUUGACGAGGUUCCCCCCCCAGGGGCGAACAUAGUUGACGGCAUGUGGAUCUUCAAGGUGAAGCGGCCGCCGGGAUCUCCCCCAGUCUUCAAGGCACGCUACGUGGCUAGAGGGUUCAGUCAGCGUGAGGGAGUUGACUUCUUUCAGACCUUCGCGCCCACCCUGAAGAUGACCACUCUUCGGGUGUUACUGCACGUAGCAGCGCAGAGAGACUACGAGCUACACUCUCUUGACUUCUCCACUGCCUUCCUCCAGGGCAGCCUACACGAGGAGAUCUGGCUGCGUCGUCCUCCGGGCUUCACUGGCACCUUCCCGCCUGGGACCCAGUGGAGCCUCAGACGACCGGUCUACGGUCUCCGCCAUGCACCCCGUGAGUGGCACGAGACUCUUCGCUCUACUCUGUCCGACCUCGGGUUUGAGCCGUCAUCCGCCAACCCGUCGCUGUUUGUUCGUCGUGGGCGCACACCUUUCUUCGUUCUGGUCUACGUUGACGACUUGGUUUUUGCCACAGCCGACACAGUUGCACUGGCGGAGGUGAAGUCCGAACUGCAGAAGAGACACACCUGCACUGACCUUGGGGAACUGCGCCGUUACCUUGGCCUGCAGAUCUCCAUGGACAAAGCCGCUCGCACCAUCACCCUUACUCAGUCACACAUGGUGCAGCAGGUCCUUCAGCGGUUCGGGCUUCAGCACUCUUCUCCUACACCCACCCCUCUUGCUGUAGACCACAGACUCACUGGGCCUUUUCCUGACGAGCCGUUCGAGCCCAGUGGUCCCUACGCAGAGCUGGUGGGCUGCCUCAUGUACCUGAUGACUUCCAUUCGGCCGGAUCUCGCCUUCCCUCUUAGCAUCCUUUCUCGCUUUGUUGCGACUGGGAGACACCGUCCUGUUCACGGCGGCUAA